AUGGAUGGAAGUGACACUGAUUCUGAUAUUGAGAGUGACCCAAGUAUUAUCCCUGAGCCUUUGACUUCUCUUUUUGAUCCUACUGCUGUCAACAUGGAUGAUUUUACUUUGGAUGAGCAUGCCAGGAAACAAUUUAAUUUAUAUCGGGAAAAUAACUUUAAAAGGGCUUUUGAUAACCUUAGAAAAUUGACAGAGAAGCAAUCGUUAAAUCCAGCUUGGAUGAUGCACAGAGCAGAAAGGAUCACAGCAUCAAUCUGCUCCAAAGUUUCUCGUAUGAAAGACAGUAAAUCUUUGAUUUCGAAUAUAAUGCAAUACAAUGAUGGUUUUACAUCAAAAUUCACAGAUUUCGGAAAGACCAUGGAACCCUUGGCAAGAAGCAGCUUUAUCAAAACUGAGGAGGACAACCACGCCAAUUUUAGUGUUAUUUUAUCAGGUCUAAUUGUUAAUGCUGAAGAACCAUAUCUUGGAGCUUCUCCAGAUGGUAUUGUUACAUGCAGCUGCCAUGGAAAAGGAGUGCUCGAAAUAAAAUGUCCCUUUAAUUACAAAGAUGGUUUUGAUGGUUGGCAGCACGAUAAUAACUUUCCACUUGCAAGCCUUGGUCCUGGCUUUAUCAUGAAAAAGAACCACCCUUACUACUACCAAAUUCAGCUACAAAUGGAACUAUCUGGAGCAGAGUUUGGAUAUUUUUACAUUUUUGCUGGCAAUAAAAAGGAAGGGAUGAUUUGCCCUGUAGGUAAAAACAAUUUCUUCAUAACUAAAUUAAAGGAGACUCUUACAAGCAAAUUUUUUACAUCUAUCCUUCCUGAAAUUGUGUCUAGGAAGACAGAGCUUGGAACACCAACAAAUCGUUCCUUAUAUUGUACAUGUAGGAGACCAAAGUUUGGAAAAAUGAUCUUAUGUGAAAACAAAGAUUGUAAAAUUAGAUGGUACCAUUAUCCUUGUUUAGAAAUGAAAAGGCGUCCAAAUGAAAGUUGGUACUGUAGAGAUUGUAAAUUUUAG